CGAAGAAGAAGAAGAAGCCAUAACACCAUAGAAGAAAAUUUGCUUUCUUGUGUAGUAAAGAAAGACCCACAGACCGAACUAAAUAGGCUACCGAACUCUCAUUCGACUGAACAUGUCUAAACUACAGUCGUUUCGUGUGUUUUUAAAUGAGCGCUUAACGGAAGCUGCUGUGGAGAUUUUCGGUGCAGUUGAGAAAGCGGUAGUGGAGUACCAGGAGGAGAAUGAUCGGCUACGGAGAAUGCUGCGAAUCACACCGGAGAUAAAACUAUGUGGAAUAGGCUCCCUGCAGCUCUCUCUUGCUGUCUCUGAAGAGGCGGUUCCCCCUGAACAGCAGCACUGUGAGCAGGAGUGGAGCCACAGUCUGGGGCAGGAGGACCCAAAGCUCACACAGAUUAAAGAGGAACAGGAGGAACUCUGGACCAGUCAGGAGGAAGAGCAGCUUCAAGGGCUGGAGCCUGAUAUCAUAGAGUUCAAAUUUACUCCUUCCUGUGUGAAAAGUGAAUGUGAUCAGGAGGUCUCACUUCAGUCCUUAACUCUUCCCUUGACCCAGACUAUGGAGAACAGAGAGCGUGACUCGACACCAGCGGAUCUCAAACCUUGUGGCACUGUUACCAACCUAAAGGGUCUCGACAUUCCUUGUGACCGUCCAAGUAAUCAAAACAAUGCCUCUGGCCACAGCUCAGCCGUAAGCAGCCACCCAGUAGGACUUUACAGCAGCCCACCAAUGGAUGCCAACGCACCAUCGGGGGAACACCGCUCUAAACCCAGCACCACAUCUAUACAUAUUCACUCCUGCCACGACUGUGGUGAAACAUUUGCACUGAAAGCUGACCUGCAGAGACAUUUGACUCACCCCAAGAAGAGACCCAGUGAAUGCCGAUUAUGCAAAAAACACUACAACUCCACCUGUAAACUGAAGGCCCAUGUUCGACUCUGUCAGGGUGGGAAACCCUGCCUUGUUUGUGGUGAGACCUUCAAAUACAAAGGAGAUCUGUCCAGGCACAUGAAGACUCACAAAGGGGAGAAACCAUUCAGCUGUAGUGACUGUGGGAAAAGUUUCAAUCGCAAAGAGUACCUGACCGAACAUAUACGGACUCACACAGGAGAGAAACCAUUUAGCUGUGGUGUCUGUGGGAAGACCUUCAGUCAAAGGGGAGCCCUAGGGAGGCAUAUACGGACUCAUACAGGAGAGAAACCGUUUAGCUGUGGCGACUGUGGGAAAAGAUUCAGGCAGAAGGGUGACCUAGGGAAGCAUAUGUUGACUCACACAGGAGAGAAAAUAUUUAGCUGUGGUGACUGUGGGAAAUGUUUCAGUCGCAAACAUACGAACUGAUCAUAUACCGACUCACACAGGAGAGAAACCAUUUAACUGUCGAGACUGAAGGGUGACCUAAGGAGGCAUAUAUUGACUCACACGCGUGAUAAGCACACUGUUGCUCAGUUUGUGGUAGAACAUUCAUUCGUAAGGCUCAUCUGCUGAAACACGUGAAAGAAGUCGGGACAAAAGCGCAAAGAAAGAAAAUUAGGACAUAACGUCUUCUGUCAGAUGGGAAUAAAAGUUCAAGUUCAAGUUUUUGUCAUGUGCACAGGAUAAGAAAAAAGAAGAAACCCGCACACUGCUCUUGCUAGUAUCAUUGCUCUUUAUUAAGCUUUACGUACGUAUCGGCCUCAAGGCCUUCGUUAGAGCUUUGAGGCCGGUACGUAAAGCUUAAUAAAGAGCAGUGAUACUAGCAAGAGCAGUGUGCGGGUUUCUUUGUUUUUCUCAUCUUAUUCAACUGUCACCAUGCACCUGCAACAAAGAUGGCGCAGAUGUGCGAGUCCCUUUUCUGAAUUUUAAGUGCACAGGAUCUACAUGGUGUACAAUAAAAUGCUUACUUGCAGGUUCACCUCCUGGCAAUGCAACAACAAUAGAGCACAAGUAUGACAAUAAUGCAAAUAAAAGGCUCAAUUGAAUAACAAUAGAAUAAAAUGAAUAUAAAUACAAGGAGGCCACUCAAACAAAUUUACAGUAGAGUAUUUACACGCGUGUUAGGGGAGGGGAAUGUGGAGAGCAAAGUGUUGAAUUGUGCAAUAGUUAAGCAAUAAUAAGUAGAUGUUUAGUAGCAGCAGUCAUGGUGUACGUGUGUGAGUGCAUGUGUGCCAAGUUGUGGAGAGUCGGUGCAAAGGAGCUGUUGGUGUGCAGGUGGUCAGUACCAGUUCAGGCGUUGUGGGUCGAAACUGUCUCUGUGCCUGGCGGUCCCGAGACACAACGCUCUGAUACCGUCUGCCCGACAUUAAGGGAGUGAACAGUCAGUGGCUGGGAUGUGUGCGGUCCUUGAUAAUAUUACGGGCCUUUCUCGGGCACUGCUUGGGGAAAACGCCCCGUAUGGGUGGGACGACCACGGUCCCAGUGAUGGACUGGGCCUUCUUGACCAGAGUGGUGGUGGUUGACCGUUGUGAAAAAAGUACUACUUAAUUACUACACACAACAUAUUUGUGCAGUAGUGACUAUGUAGAGACUUGUAGGAAUGGUGUAGUUUAUGCACUAUUCAAGAUACACAAGUAGGGUGCAAUAGAAAAACACUAGUGUUUCCUGUAGUAAUCAGGUAGAUUUUUUAUAACUUGUUGAUGAGUAAAUAAGUAGUCAAAGUACUAUAGAUUCACUACAAAAGCUUUUCAAUAGUCAGAGCUUCUAGUGCUUGUUUGUAUAGUGAAUAAGUAGUUCCAAAACUUCAGCCAGACUACACCGCUUUUCAGUAGUGAUCAGGGCCCGGUUUCCCAAUAGCGUUGGAAUUUAGGCUUAACGACAGAUGUCACACCCGUUUCCCAAAAUGCCAUGCAGUGCACUCGUUACGAAGUGAAACAACUGUCACUACAGGAGCUCUCCCGUGCUGAAAAUGAAUCCAGAAUAUAGGCUAAAGAGCUCGCUGUAGCUGUUAAAUGAUUUAUGCCUAUUUGAAGUCAUCUUUUUUUUUUAUCACUUUAUUUUUACACAGUACACUUUUCCCAUCAAGAGAAGAACUGUUUUGUAGCUUAGUAUGUAUUUAAGUGUUUGCAUUAUACGUUUUCCAUGUGUCAUGUAGUCUUAAGUGUUUUCUCGUGCUAUUUUGUAUGCUAUGUUUGAUUGUCAAUUCUGCAUUUCUUAAGUUUGUGUAACUGAACAAGAACGAGUAAAGCCAAAGUCAGUCGCUCGCUCGUUCGCCAUUUAGAAAAUAUCAAGGUGACCUAAAAAUAGGCUUAGAUAACAAUGUUUUUUUUGUAAUUGCUCAACAAACCAUUGUAGCCUAAUGGCAGGCAGUAAUUGGGCUUCAAGUAGGUCUACAGAUAUAUUACAAUAAAACAUGAAGUAGCAAGGUAAGCGACGUUGUCAUAGACCUAAUAGGUUGACCUUAAGGUUAUUGGUUAAGCUACAGUGAAAUGUGUGAGCUUUUAGAAAACAGUACACUAUAGCCCUAAUAGAUACGAAUGUUGGAGCGGCUCAGAUGUAACCCGGUGGCUUUGUACUAGGUAGGUUUAUUGAUGACAUCCCUUUCAUGCAUGUCCAAACGGUCUUAGCUGUUAGCCGUUGUCAGAGAUGUAUUGUGUUUAGCCUAGCUGUUUGCUAGCCCCAUUGAAAUGUAGAAAUGCAGCCUCUGUUUUUGUUAUGCUAGCUAAUAACGAUGUGUUUUGUAUGCAAAUGUACAGUAAGCUAAUAAGUAUACUCACACAUUUUACUUACCUAUUUUGACCUGUUGCGAAGGAGGCCCUCGACAUGACUAGAGGCCAUUGUUGGUAGGAUUAACAUUGUUUAUCAUAUUUAUUUCUUAUUUAACCUCUGUUAGCAGAUCAUUGAUAAUGGCUUAUAAUUGGUUGUUUCGUGUGCAUGUCUUUUAAUAGAAAAUAAAAUAUAAACUCUGUGGAUGUGGAAAGCUGAUGUUCUCCUGAGUAGAAUGACACAAUGUACAGGAAAUUGUGUACGAUGCAAUAUGUAUGUCCAUUAUGAAAAACCUACUUCGUUUAAGCUAAGGGCCGCAGAAUGAGCAGUGAUGCUCCUUGGGUUGUACACUGUGGAUUUGGAAACUAGCGGUGCUCCUGAGUAGAAUGGGCCCUACUUUUACUGCAACACAGUGUACAGGAAAUUGUGUGCUACGGAGCAGUAUGUCCAACAUUAAAAACUUACUGAACUUCAUACAAUGCGGAUGGGCUAAUUAACAAUAGGAUUUAAGUGUUUUUCAAAGUUGAUUAUUAUAAUAUUGUUAUUACUAUUAUUAAUAGUAGCAUUAAAUGUUUUGUUAUAUUACCAUGAUAAUUAUCUACAAUAAAAAUCAUUACUUUUAA